AUGGUUAAUCGUAUUUAUUGUGCAUCAAUCGUAUUAAUUUUAUCGAGUAUUGUAUUUCUUUUAAGUGGAAUAUUAUUAAUUACUUUCUCGGAUUCACUUAUUAAGAAAACAGUGAAAAAGGAAUGUCAAUUAAAACAAGGCACAAUUCUUUAUAAAAUUUGGCAUGAUACUCCUGUACCUUUAUAUAUUUCAAUUUAUGUAUUUGAUCUUGUUAAUGAAGUUGAAUUUCUUAAUGGAGGAAAACCACAUCUUAUUCAACGUGGACCAUUUGUUUAUAGGGAACAACGAACAAAAGAAGAUAUAAGAUUUUAUCCUAAUGGAACAAUAUCAUAUCGUGAAUCACGUAAUUAUAUAUUUGAUCAAUCAAAAUCACCUUUGGAUGAAACAUUUCGUUUUAAUACAAUCAAUGUUGUUUAUAUGACAUUAAUCAAUUAUCUUCACACACAAAAUGUUCCUGAUUUAUUUCGACAAAUUAUUGGAACAAUAUUAUCGUUUGUAGAAAAACCAAUUAUGCAACGAACAAUAAAAGAAUAUCUCUGGGGUUAUCAAGAUCCAAUAUUAAGUAUACUUAAAAAACGUUUACCUCAAUUAGUAAUGGAUGAUCAAAUAUCAGUAUUUGCUUCUGUGGUUAAUGAAGCACAAUAUGAAACAAUUCUUAUUAAUAAUGGUGUUGGUUUUGAUGAAAAUCAUAAUGAACGUUUAAAUAAUCUUGGUAAAAUUGAACGAUUUAAUUUUUCAACAUCUUUAUCAAUAUGGUCAAAUAAAUAUGCAAAUAUGAUCAAUGGAACUGAUAGUACUAUAUGGCAUCCAGAUGCAAGAAAAGAUGAAACAAUUUAUACAUUUAUGAACGACAUAUGUCGAUCGGUUCAUCUAAAAUAUAAUCAAACACAUAAGAAUUUAUUUGAUAUUAAUACUUAUCAAUAUAUAAUACCAAAUGAUGCAUUUGCAAAUAUAAGUGAUAAUGAAGGAUUUUGUUUGAAUUAUACAAUGACAAAUGAAACACAACAAUUAAAAUGUUUAGCUAGUGGAUUAUUUUCGUUAACUCCAUGUCUACAUUGUAAGUUUAUCAUAUAA